CCGCCAUGUUCUCUCGCGUCCUCACCUCAGCGAGUUCAUACUUUCACCUGCCCAUCGACGAUCUUGAAGACGAGGUCGACUUCCCAUCUCGACAUAUCGCAUGGAAGCCUUCCGACUCGCCAGACUCUGACAAUGCUUCCCUUCCUUCCACAUCCUCUUCCAUUCACUCUUCAAAGAGCCAUAACGUUAUCCAGCAGAUCCUCGACGAGCACGAUCUCUACCGCGUCCUUGGUCUCCAACGAUCAUAUCGUAUAGAUAAGUUAACCUUGAGGCGCGCAUACCUUACUAGAAGCAGGGCAUGCCACCCAGAUAAAUUCCCCCACGACCCCGAGGCUACUCGGGCAUUCCAAAAGGUCUCAGUGGCUUACGACGUCCUGAGCAAGCCCUCCACAAAACGAUUGUACGACUCGCGCUCACCACACGCCACCUACGAUAUAUUCUCAGCCAGUCCAUUUCCCCCGCCCGAGGAGACCUUCCGCAGUGUCGUCAUCGGCGUCUUCAACGACAUCCUCGAUGGCGACUUGGACAUGAUCCGCACAUUGCUCCGCGCAGUGAACGAAAUGAACCCGGCCUUGAGGCUCGGCGAGGAAGGCAUCAACUCUGUCUUCGUAACGCUGCGGUCAGUCCGAGAUCGCGCAAAAACCUGUAGAACAUGCAUCUUCGCCCUCCACGAUGAGGUCGCGCGUCUGCUCGAGGUCCAGCGCGCCUUUCGCGACCUUUCGUACUUUGACCUCCGCCGCCGCACGUGUCUCACCGUCCGCCUCGCGCGUAUUACCGUUAGCCUGCCCAUCGCCCUCGAGCACGCCCUUCAGCAGCAGAAACUGGACGCCGUCUACUCGGCGGCCGGCCGCAAUCGCGACGGCGUUGGCGACGAGGAGCGCACCGCCAUAAUGAACCAGCGACUGUACGUUGUGCUGCGCGGGGUCGUGAAUCUUCUUGAGCGGAUGGAGCGGAUAUUGAACAAGUAG